CCUGCCAACGCAGACAGGGGAGCCUCUGAGGAUCCGCUCCCAGACCCCAGAUGGAGGCUGUUCUUUUAUUUCAAAUUCCCGAGAAGCACAGAAGUCUCACAAGGUAGUGAGAGAACACACACACACACACACACACACACACACACACACGCACCGGUAAGUUACACGCCGGGAAACAAAACAAGGAAAUAAGGAGACCUCCGCCGAUCCCUGUUUGCUCACACAAAUCUGAGUUUGGUUAAGUAUCUCAAGACCGUUUUCUGGUUUCAGCUCUCCGUCUCACGGCGCGCUUUCCCUGGGUACCCAGGUGCACAAAUGGGAUGGUGAUCUUCACAGAGCGUCCACGGCAAUGACAAAAGAGCCCCCUCGCUCACACAAAAGCCCACCUUGGAAAUGAAUGGAAUAUUAACGACUGCCUAAACAGUUUCACCGUUGGCAGGGCAAGGCUGAGCGCUAGCACAGCCCUUCCUGCAGACUGCCCGUGGAGCCGGAGCAGCCUACUGUCGGUGGAAGGCUGGUGCGGAUUUUUUCCCUAUCAGUCUAACCUUCUGUGUUGAUGCAUGAAUGCUGGUACCCACUUACAGGGAUGCCAGAUGAUCAGUGCAGAAUGAAGGUCCCAAGAGAGAGGAUCACAUGGUUCUCUCUGCCCUGUGACGUCACUAGCAGAUGGCAUGGGUACCAGCUCUGGCAGUUGGCAUCAAUGUCACUUUUUAGAGAUCAAUGAGAUAGUGCAGAUACACACACAGAUCUAGAGACUCCAGGCGACGAUGCGACGACACUCAGCCUGAAAAGAUUUGGAAGAUCCAAAAUGAAAACUGAUUAUUGAAUGAAAUUAAAACCUAAGGCACGUUAAGAUCAGAGAGCCAUGCUAACACUCCCGUUCGAUGAGUCUGUUAUGAUGCCAGAGUCCCAGAUGUGCAGAAAGUUUUCCAGAGAAUGCGAGGACCAGAAGCAAAUUAAGAAGCCCGAAAGCUUUGCCAAACAGAUCGUCCUUCGAGGGAAGAGCAUCAAAAGAGCCCCAGGAGAAGAGAGUGAGAAGGAGGACGAGGAGGAAGACAGGGAAGAGGAGGAUGAAAACGGGUUGCCCAGGAGGAGGGGUCUUCGGAAAAAAAAGACGACCAAGCUGCGCCUGGAGAGGGUCAAGUUCAGGAGACAGGAAGCGAACGCGCGGGAGCGGAACAGGAUGCACGGCCUCAACGACGCCCUGGACAAUCUGAGGAAAGUGGUCCCCUGCUAUUCGAAAACCCAGAAACUGUCCAAGAUAGAAACUUUACGCCUGGCCAAAAACUACAUCUGGGCCCUUUCGGAAAUCCUGCGAAUCGGCAAGAGACCCGAUCUGCUCACGUUCGUCCAAAACUUGUGCAAAGGUCUCUCCCAGCCAACGACAAACUUGGUGGCAGGCUGCCUGCAGCUCAACGCCCGGAGCUUCCUGAUGGGGCAGGGCGGGGAGGCCGCGCACCACACAAGGUCACCCUACUCCACCUUCUACCCGCCCUACCACAGCCCCGAGCUCGCCACACCCCCAGGACACGGGGCUCUGGAUAAUUCCAAGUCCAUGAAACCCUAUAAUUAUUGCAGUGCGUACGAAUCCUUCUAUGAAAGCACCUCCCCUGAGUGUGCCAGCCCUCAGUUUGAAGGUCCCCUAAGUCCUCCCCCAAUUAACUAUAAUGGGAUCUUUUCCCUGAAGCAAGAAGAAACCUUGGACUAUGGCAAAAAUUACAAUUACGGCAUGCAUUACUGUGCAGUGCCACCCAGGGGUCCCCUCGGGCAGGGUGCCAUGUUCAGGUUGCCCACCGACAGCCACUUCCCUUACGACUUACAUCUGCGCAGCCAAUCUCUUACCAUGCAAGAUGAAUUAAAUGCAGUUUUUCAUAAUUAAUGAGGAAAAUGAAAAUAAACAGUGGCCAUUCACCUCCCCCGUCUAAUUAAGACAAAGCAGAUGCUUGUGGGCUGAGUAAUUGGCACGGCUCUAGCUAAAGGUGUUUUACUAGUUCCUGAAGUGUGUGUCAACUAUUGUGAGAGUUUUCUAUGUCAGAAUAAACCUCUUUUCGUAUGAGAGCUUCUUUUCCUUUCCUUUUGGUCUGUAAAGCGCUGUGAUUCUGUUCCUACUGGAAAGAUUCUUUUUUCCCCCUUGUUUUCUUUUCUUUUAAAUUCACUUCAUUUGUUUGG